AUGCUUGCACCGGAAAGCUUCUCUGCGUACCUAACCGACGAUUUGAAGUGGACGGCCGUGCUUGGGCGCGAUACUUGUGCAGAGACGGCUUUCGUGUACUGCGUCAAGUCGACAAAGAUCUUCUGCCGCCCAACAUGCCCCUCCCGCCGCCCCCGACGUGAAAACGUCGAGUUUGCCACCGACAGCAUCCAGGCGCAGGUGAUGGGCUACCGCUCCUGCCAACGCUGUCUACCCGAAGGUUUAGCGAGCCCCCACGAAGCUCGACAGGGCAUUGCCGUCGCACACGCCCAAGUCAUUAUCCGGGAAGCCGUCCAGGCCGGCAGACCUGUGCCGAGCCUCGUGGAGCUUGCAGAGAUGGUCGGCAUGAGCAAGUUCUAUUUUCUGCGCGUGUUCAAGAGCAGCGUGGGAUUGACGCCUGUCCGUUUCGCUCGUAACCUGAGAGGCACUGUGCGAACAGUAAGAAGCUGA